CCUUUUUUUCUCUUUCUCUUCUUCUUCAAUUCCCAAUUUUCGUUUUAACAAAUCAUUCUGUUUAUUUUCUUUAACAAAAUAAUAACUAUAAUUUCAAUACUACCUACUUAAAAUAGAGACAGUUAUGAGUCAACAUUAUUACAAUAAUUAUAAAGGUUAUGGUCAUGGCCAUAGUCAUAGUGAGCAAUAUCUUGCUAGAAUACCCUCCACUCAUUCCAGUGGACGAGCACAAGCACAAGCGGCGGCUGGAGAGCUGAUGCGAAAACACUCAGAAAGGCAUCAAGUGAUGAAAAUCCAAAAUUAUGUUAUUUAUAGAAAAACUAUUGGAGCCGGUUCAAUGGGAAAAGUAAAGCUGGCUGAAUGUCUAACGGAUGUGCAUAAACAAAAGUAUGCAGUUAAAAUUAUGCCAAAGAUUGACCUGAAUAGCGCGAAUCAUAUCUAUGAAAAGACAAAGGAUCCGAAAGAUACACCUGAGGAAAGAGAACAAAGAACAAUAAGAGAAAUGGCCAUCAUGCGUUUGCUACGUCAUCCAAACAUCUGUCAGUUGAAAGAAUACAUAACAGAAGGUGAUAAAUAUUACAUGUUCUUAGAGUACAUUGAUGGUGGACAAUUGCUGGAUUACAUUAUUAAACAUGGACGAUUGAAAGAGAAGCAAGCAAGAAAAUUUGCAAGACAAAUUGUUAGUGCAUUGGAUUACUGUCAUAGAAAUUCCAUUGUACACAGAGAUCUGAAAAUUGAAAAUAUUCUGAUUACACAAUCAGAGCAAUUGAAAAUCAUCGACUUCGGUUUAUCCAAUGUAUAUUCGCCUACACAGCAGUUGAAUACGUUCUGUGGUUCACUUUAUUUUGCUGCUCCUGAAUUAUUACGUGCUAGACAGUAUACUGGUCCAGAAGUGGAUGUGUGGAGUUUUGGUGUUGUACUUUAUGUAUUGGUGUGUGGCAAAGUGCCCUUCGAUGACACAAAUUUACCUGCUCUACAUGAAAAGAUCAAAUCAGGUAUUAUAGAAUCCUACCCAGACUAUCUAGGGAAAGAUUGUCUAGACUUGCUAACAAAAAUCUUCGUGGUGGAUCCUAAGCAAAGAAUUACAAUCUCGGGAAUAAAAGCUCACCCUUGGAUGAAUAAAGGAUACGAGGAACCCAUUAGAAACUACCUACCGCGUCGCCAGCCAUUAGAGACGAUCGACAUGGAUAUUGUCAAAGGUAUGGAUGGAUUUGGUUUAGGAACCCCCGAGGAGAUUGUUGAAAAGCUGUCCAGGAUCAUCACUUCUCCUGAAUAUAGAGCUGCUGCGAUAAAAAUAGAAAGAAAUUAUCAAAAGUCAGAUGAACAACAUCAACAGCAGUUGAAUACGCCCAAAUGGCGACGCAGUUUAUCAGCCACGAGUCGAAGCAAUUAUUACACUAAGAAAACGCUCCAACAACAACAACAAGAUGAUUUCCGAUCUUUGCCUGCUAUGUAUGACCCACUUGUAUCUAUUUAUUAUCUUGUAAAGGAAAGGAAAGAAUCAGAGGAAAGAAAGCAGCAAUUAUUGAAUCCUGGAUUUAGUUCCACGGCUGCUCAUCUUUCAGGUCCACGAGGAGCCAGUGGCGGACUAAAUCGAUCAGCGAGUACUGUGGUUCGUUCCUCACGGCAUCAUUAUCUGGGGCACCAGCAUCAACAACAACAGCAGCAACAACGACAACAACAGGAUCAACAGCAACCGCUGCAACAAAAUCAAAUAGAAGGAGUAGGAAUAGCGACAACCUUGAAGAGAAGAAGGACAUAUGACGUUUCCAAAAAGAAAAGGCUUAGCCCAGAACAAAGUCCUGUUAUCAGAGUUUUGGAUGAACUGAAUGCCCCAGGAUCCCCUAUUCCAACCAUUAAACGUAUGUCAGCCACUACGCUGAUUCGAAAAAAGAGUUUACAAGCAGCCAGAAAAAUGGGAUUAAAAUUACCGAAUUCAGAUCCAAGUAACUCAUCUUCGUCCUCUUCAUCAGCCACCGUACAGAAACAGCAACAACAAGCAACACAGAAAGGAGACAGGCAUAACAUAGAAAAUGAAAACGAGAACAAUACCGUUUUGAAAUCAAAUAGCACAAAUAGCAUUAUCACGUCUCCGUUACCGCAAGUGAGAUCAAAUUGGAUUAAAGUAAAGCAGAUACAACAAUUGCAACCAGCAUCGCCGCCACCAGUAGUACAACAACAACAACAACAACAGACAUCAACACAACGAAAAGGGCCGUGGAGAAAGCUAUCCUUCAGUCGACCCAUCCAUAACCGGCUCUCUGCUGGUAAUCUGGUGAAGCAUCAGCAAAGACAAAGCUUCAAAGAAGAAUAUGAUGACAACAGCCCUCCCUCAUCUGAAGAAAUGCUCCCUCGUCAACAAUCAGCAAAUACUAAUCCUCACAAACUCAUCAAGCCAAGUAAAUCAGAAAAUUCGCUUCCUCGAAAAUUUAAUUUCAAUCACCAUGAAUUAUUUCGCACAACACCUGACUAUCUCAUGAACCAUCUGUUGCCUCAACUCCUGACCCAUCGAUUUCAAGUUGAAUUGUUAUCAACUACCUGGCAUAAAUUUUCAAUAGACUGUAUUUACCCUUAUGCGAUUUGGUCCUCUACAUUAACAUCGGCCGUGGCAGUAACAAGUGCUAACAACAAUAGCAAGCAUUCAUUAUUGAAUAAUACUAAAAUGAAAAAGGAUGUUAGAUUCCAAGUAACAGUGUAUGAAGCACGCUGGGCAGGCGGUAAAUUAGGUAUCAAGCUAAAGUAUCAAGAUACCGCAUAUAAGCAAAUUAUGGAUCAUCUAUAUCAUGGUUUACUGAAUGAGAUCAAUAACAGCAUCAAAAAAGCAGCAGCUCAGUCCUCUUCUCUAUUCACAUCUUCUUUGAUCAUUUCUUAGAUAUUCCAUUUCUUAUUUUUAUGUAAAACUAAAAUCAACUAAUACUCAAUUUAUUACUUUAAUUAUCAAUAUUUACUAUUACGUAUC